AUGGAGCCGUCCGCCCUCGCCCCGCUGCUGAUGCUGCAGCUGCUGCUCUGGCUGCCGCGGCUGAGCCGGACCCAGGACCCCCCGGCCGCCCCCGCCGGCAACCACACCAGACCUGUCUUCCUCUGCGGGGGCGACCAUACCGGAGACACCGGCUACAUCGCCAGCGAGGGCUUCCCCGCCCACUAUCCUGCCAGCAAGAAAUGCACCUGGACCAUUACGGUGCCGGAGGGCCAGGUGGUGAUGUUGUCCUUCAGGGUUUUUGACCUGGAGCCAGACCCCGUUUGCCGCUACGACUACCUGGACGUCUACAACGGGCACCAGGCGGUGGAAGGGCAGCGCCUCGGCCGCUUCUGCGGCACCUUCCGCCCGGGGGCCGUCCUCUCCACCAGCAACCGCAUGAUGCUGCAGAUGGUGUCCGACGAAGGCACCGGUGGGCGAGGAUUCCUGGUGUGGUACAGUGGCGGACUCCCUCACGUCAAUGAGAACCAGUUCUGUGGGGGGAAACUGGAGAAGCCCCAUGGCAGCCUGAAGACCCCCAACUGGCCAGAGAGUGACUACCCCCCAGGCAUCAGUUGCUCCUGGCACAUCAUUGCCCCAAAGGACAAGGUGAUCGCGUUGACCUUUGGGAAGUUUGACGUGGAGCCGGACACCUACUGCCGCUAUGACUACGUUGCAGUUUUCAACGGGGGUGACCGGGAUGACUCAAAUCGGAUUGGCAAGUUCUGCGGAGACAACUCCCCCAGCCCGGUCUACUCGGAUGGAAAUGAACUGCUGGUCCAGUUUGUCUCUGACCUCAGUGUCACGGCCGACGGCUUCUCUGCUUCCUAUCUAGUGAAGAGCCGCAACGAGCUGGUGGACAAAGCUGCCCCCGAGCCCCCCAGCCGCGUCUUCCCGGGCACUAAGCCGGGUAGCAGACCCAGCCUUCCCAGGCCCAAACCCACCAGCAAACCAGCAGGGCAGCCCAGACAGCCGCCGGCCCAGAAACCAAAGACGAAACCUCGGCCCAACGGCGCAGUGCCCACAGCGACCAGCCCCCCCAGUGAUGUUGUGUGCCCGCAGCAAUGCCGCCGGACGGGGACGCUCCAGAGCAAUUUCUGCACCAGUGAUUUUGUGCUCAUGGGGACCGUGAAAACAGCCGUCCGAGGUGCUGGGAGCAGAGUGACGGCCACUGUGCUGCUCAUGAACACUUACAAGGCCGGCGCCUUGAGUCUCCCCCCAGCAGGAAGCGACGCCUCCGUCCUCCUCCGCCUGGAAGUGCCUUGUAGACAAUGCCCCAUCCUCAAGAAAGGUGCCAGCUACGUCUUCAUGGGCAAGGUGGGUGCUGAUGGGCAGGGCCUCCUCCCCCCCGGCAGUUUUGUGGUUCCGUUCCGCCAGCAGCAGCACCAGAUCCUCACCAACUUCAGCAGGCGCCCUUGCCCCGCCCCUGCGGCCAGGAACCGGACCUGAGCUCACCUGUAG